AUGGAGGACCAAGGAGUAUGGGAGAUCAUGGAGCCGUCGGAGCAGGGAGCAACAGCGGUUGCAGCGGCGGCGGCGAAAGACAGGAAGGCAAAGGCGCACUUGCUGCAGUGUCUCCCCGAUGACCUGCUGAGGCAAGUGGCCAGGAAGAAGACAUGCAAGGAGGUGUGGGAUUCUCUGAAGGCGAGGUUUGUCGAGGCGGAUCGGGUCAAGGAGGCGCGGUUACAGACUCUGAAGAGCGAGUUCGACGCGGUGCGGAUGAAGGAAGAAGAAUCGCUCGAUCAGUAUGUCGGGAGAUUGACGGCGAUGUCAGUCAAGUACAGCAACCUUGGCGGCACGUUGGAUGACGUGGCGCUGGUGAAAAAGUUGUUUUACACCGUGCCAGAGAGGUUCAUCAUCGUGAUCAUCGGGAUCGAGCAGUUUUAUGUUCUGAAGAAACUGUCGUUCGAGGAAGCUGUAGGCCGACUGAAGGCGUUCGAGGAGCAUACCAAGCGGGGAGGUGGGGGAGUGCGCGGGAAACUGUUGCUCACUCAGUCUGAGUGGGAAGCACGCCAGAAGAAGUCGGUGGGAGAAGGUUCUGGAGGCAGGACAGUGGAGGACGCAGUCAGGGAAGAGGUCGUGGCGGGCACGGCGGGCAAGUUGAUGCGGCGAAGGAGAGCAUGGGAAAGCGUGACAAGAGUCACAUAA